AUGGAGGCAGCUGCCGAGUUCGUGGAGCACGCAGUUGUUGCUGCUGCGGACAGGAUUAUUAUUGAUCUUGCGGAGCGGGUGUCAAAUGAAACGGAGCCCGUGGAAGGUGAAGGGAGGGACGUGCUACCUGGGGUUGAAGACUACGCUGUGCUUGGUGAGGAUGAGGCGAUUGAGGAGUUGGCGCCUAGUGCCGGUUGCCUUUCACCGCGGGGUGUCAAUAGACAGAGUGGUGAGGGGGAGGCAGCACGUAGUAUUGCUAUGACAUUGCACUUAGACCAGGUUGCCGUCCUUGAACAAGGCAACAGAAAAGCGAAAGAGCGGGGGAUACGGGCCGUUGCCCCAUCAGACAGAGAAUUGAUCCAAGUGGUUGGGAACUCGGAUCAGCAUCUCUCUAUUCGAUGGGGGCAUCCCCAGUUUCCUACCCCUAUAUUAGUCUCUUUUGUUCAUGCCAAGCGUCAGUUGGUUGAGCGACAGCGACUCUGGGAGGGUUUGUUACAGGAUAAGCUUAGGCAGGGUCCAUGGUAUGUUGUGGGGGAUUUUAAUCUUGUUGUCUCGAGUGUAUCGGUAUCUCAUUUAGUGCGUGCUCCGUCUGAUCAUGCCCCGCUUCACAUUUCGUUCGCGUCUAGAGUGGUCUGUAGGAGUCCGAUGUUCCGAUUUUUGAACGUUUGGCCUUCCAAGGACGAGUUCUUGGACAUGGUCAAGACAACUUGGCAAAUGGAGGUGUCUGGAUCCCCGUUUUAUGUGGUGUGGGGAAAGUUGAGGAAUGUCUCUAGAACUCUUCACCUCUGGAACAAGUAUGUUUUUGGGGAUGUCUUUGAGAAUGUUAAGAAAGGGGAAGAGGUCAUGGCGGCGGCAGAGUUGCGUGCACAGUCUGAUCUAUCCGUUGUGGCCCACUUGGAGCUCCAGCAUGCUCAACAACGCCGGUUUCAGACCAGAAUUCAUAAGAUUCAAGACUCUGUGGGAGACUGGGUGAAGGAUGAUGAAGGGAUCGGGAGGGAAGCUGUAAGGUAUUUUAGUAACUUGUUCUCGGCUGAACCUGUGACUGAAUUUCAGCUAUUGCAUGUUAUUCCUAAUCUCGGGGACGACAUCGACAACAUGAGACUGGAGGAGGUUCCCUCUUUGGAGGAGGUGAAGCAGGUGAUCUUUGAUAUGGAUGGAGACAGUUCGAUUGGGUCAGACGAUUUUACAGGGAAAUUUUUUACGACGGCCUGGGAGGUGGUGGCUCACGAUGUCUACAGGGCAAUUUCACGUGUCGUGGGAUACAAGGUACCGAGGUAUUGCCCCUUUGUGUCUCAUUUGGCGUUUGCGGACGACGUGAUUGUUUUUGCCAACGGGGGUGCAGAUUCGUUAAAGAGAGUCAUGCAGAUUUUGGAAUGUUACCAGAGUGACUUUGGCCAGCUGGUGAACGUACAGAAGAGUGGGUACUUGGUGCACCCUCGAAUCACAGUAGCCCGUAAAAGGGUAAUUGAGCGGGUUACUCACUUUCAUAAGAGAGAGCUCCCGGUUCGGUAUCUAGGGGCUCCGUUGUUUAUCGGCAGAGCCAAGGAGGCGUAUUACUCGGACUUGUGCCAGAAGGUUCUGGAUAAGGUGCUUUUUUGGAAAUUCCAUCUCCUAUCAUUUGGGAGAAAACUCAUUUUGAUUAGACAUGUUCUAUCCAGCAUCCUGAUCCACUUAUUGGCAGUGGGUGUUAUACCAAAGGGUACUUUCCGACUGAUUGAGAGGGUGUGUGCUGAUUUUCUGUGA